CGAGAGAAUCAUAAUGGCAACUGGACAGGAGGAGGCUCCGGCGCACGACAAUGGGCAAUCAGCCGGUUCGGGCGUCGUCGGUUUUGGCAAGAAGGCGUGGAGGAAAGUCAUCAGGUACAAUGAUUGCGAGGCCAACCGGCUGGGAGUGCCCUACGUCAGCAGCAAGGAUUGGCUCGGCGAUAUCUUCAGCGAGCCAAAGUCCAAGGCCGUCAACUACUUUGACGCGCUGUUUCCCUUCACCAAGUGGAUUCUGUCGUACAACUCGCAGUGGGCCAUUGGAGACAUCAUUGCCGGCAUCACCGUCGGCCUAGUUCUGGUGCCUCAGUCGAUGUCGUACGCCAAGAUCGCCACCGUCGACGCCGAAUUCGGCCUCUACUCGUCAUUCAUCGGUGUCAUGAUCUACGCACUCUUUGCCACGUCCAAGGACGUUACGAUCGGUCCUGUUGCUGUCAUGUCGCUCCAGACUGCCAACGUCAUUCGCGAAGUAAUGGACAAAGCCGGCAACGCAUACCGUCCCGAGAUCAUCGCCUCGGCUCUGGCCUUCAUGUGUGGUGUCAUCUGCCUCGGCAUUGGUCUGCUCCGUAUUGGAUGGAUCAUCGAGUUCAUUCCCACACCCGCCGUGAGCGGUUUCAUGACGGGCAGUGCCAUCACCAUCGCUGUGGGUCAGGUGCCCAAGCUGAUGGGCAUCCCCAACAUCGUCACCAACGGUCCCGCCUGCUACCGGAUCAUCAUCAACACUCUGAAGGGCCUUCCAAACACCACGAUUGAUGCCGCCUUUGGCCUGACUUCGCUCGCCUUCCUCUACGCCGCACGGAUGCUCUGCAAUCGCCUCCCAAAGCGAUUCCCAAAGCUGGCCCGUGCCUGCUUCUUUGCCUCGGUCCUUCGCAACGCCUUCGUCAUCAUCAUCGCCACAGCAGCUACCUAUGCUUGGCUGAAAGACUUUAAGCCGAGAAACUACAAGAAGUUUCCCAUUAGCGUUCUUGGGCCAGUGCCUUCUGGCUUCCAGCACGUCCACGCCGUCGACUUGAACCACAAUCUGCUCAGCGACCUUGCCGGCCAGAUUCCCGUCUCGGUCAUUGUCCUGCUCCUGGAACACAUCGCCAUUUCGAAGUCUUUCGGACGUCUUAACAACUACAAGAUUAACCCCAACCAGGAGCUCAUCGCUAUUGGUGUUACCAACCUCAUCGGACCCAACUUUGGUGCCUACGCCGCUACGGGCUCCUUCAGCCGCACGGCCAUCAAGAGCAAGUCUGGUGUUCGCACUCCGCUCGCCGGCUGGAUCACCGGCGUCGUCGUCAUCAUUGCUCUCUAUGCCCUCACCGACGCCUUCUUCUGGAUCCCCAACGCCGCCCUCUCCGCCGUCAUUAUUCACGCCGUUGGCGACCUGGUCGCACCGCCAGCGCUUCUCUACAAGUUCUGGCUCGUCAGUCCUUUUGAGCUCUUCAUCUGGCUUGCCGCCGUUCUGGUCACCGUCUUCUCUAGCGUCGAAAACGGUGUCUACACAUCGGUGGCUGCCUCGCUGGCUCUCCUCUUGAUCCGGAUCGCCCGACCUCGCGGUACCUGGCUCGGAACCGUGCGCGUCCACUACAGCGACUCGCGCCAGGCCCGCGUCUCCAACCACCGAGACGUCUUUGUGCCUCUCGAUGACAAGGAUGGGCUUCGCGACCCAUCCGUUCGUGUCGACUCACCCCCACCUGGCGUUUUGAUCUACCGCUUCGAAGAGGCCUUCACAUACCCCAAUGCGUCGCAUCUCUCGGACAUCUUCAUUGACAAAGUCCAACAAGAGACAAGGCCAGGCACCGAACGCGUCUACAAGCGCCUCGGUGAUCGACCGUGGAAUGACCCAGGACCUAUCAACCCUGCCCUGGUCAAGCUGGGCCGUUUCCUCGGCUUCCGGAAGAGGCUCGACAAGGUCAUGGAGGACGCGUACUCUGCGGAAAACAGCGCCGAUACCCGACCGGUACUGAAGGCUAUCAUCUUCGACUUCUCGAGCGUGUCCAACGUCGACACGACGUCGGUCCAGUGCCUCGCCGAUGUGCGCCAGGCCGUUGAACGGUACAAGGGCGGUAAAGUCGAGUUCUACUUUGCCUCGAUCACCAGCCCCUGGAUCCGAAGGGCGCUUCUCGCCGCUGGCUUUGGUACCGGCUCUGCACAGACGCACAUCUCUGAGGUUGCUCCCGUCGUGAGCCCUCACGACAACAUCCACCGUCACCAGCCCUUGACGCACUCCUCAUCGGACAACAAGUCGGAUCUGGCCGCCGCCGAAUCGGAAGCGAGUGUGAAUCGGCUCAGCAAGAAGCGCAGCUCUACUGACUCGUCGGACGACGACGGGAAGGGCAGCAACGAAGAUGACGAAGGGCCCAACAACGGCUCUGAGGUCAGCGUUCCCAUCAUUUGGAACCACGACCUUACUCCCUUCUUCCACCUCGACCUCAGCGCGGCCCUCGCUGCCGCCACCGGCCAACGAUCCUCCUCUUCUUCUUGAUUUGUCUGCAUGCUCGUUUGCGUCUCGGCUUUUGGUGUUUUUUUGUAACGAUCUGUGAUGUGACUGGGAAAAAGGGGGACUGUCCUCGAGUCUAGUCGACUCUAGAGGAGGUCGUCACUGGCAUUCAUACAGGUAUAUCUGCUUUCUCAUUAGCAUAGGGGCUC